AUGAGGGGGGAUUACAUCAUUUUAUAUAUUUAUAUGGUUCUAUUUAUGUUGUUCAAUGAGAUUAAUGCUAGCGGAAGAACACCAAAGUUUGUAAACGUAGAUGAAGAUGGUAAUCUAAGAGGUGAAACAACAGAUGUUACAUAUAAGUCAUCAAUCGAAUGUGAAUGGCCUGGAGACAGAAGCACUUGUAUAUUGCCAGUUAAUGGUAAACACUUUCAUGAAUGGACACCCAUUGAACCGAUGUUAGAAGGUGUACAUACUUUACAUACCAUAGAAUAA